AUGGUGUCAUUGGUCGUCAAUGAGUCUGGCCAUGCAUUAGCGUUAUCCUUCGACUCAAGGUCCUGUAUUUGGGUAAUUGGGGGUAUUUUGAAGUGUUCAGUAUUUUGGGUCGACUUCACAUCCAUUCGUUGCGGAGGCUUCGUUCGCUUCUUCACGCGUUGCGGCCUAACGCCUACGCCCACGCCUCCUGAUCUCCCGACCCUACCAUUCGCUUUAUUAGGGUCCUUUUUUUUUUUACUUCGUUCGCCCGUCGUCGCUCCCAGGACAAUGAGGACUUCUUCAUUGUUCGGGCCGGCGACUGGCUGGCCCUCGCUCCUGGCCCUUCUCCCGACCAUCAGCGCCCUGUCAUUCGAGGCAGUCUCGGUUCCGGAACUGGACCUGUCAUCGCUGGGACGGGUUUCAAUCACUGGUGAUUUUGAUGGAGUGUCCCUCUACCAGUACAAGGAACAGACCCAAUCGAUUGCCCAGGAUGGGACCCAAGCCCUCCUCACCCCGCUACCGAACGGAAUCCUCACGAACCUGUCCUCGUCCGAUGCGCGAAUCUCCGCCAUGUGCUCCUUCACCCAGAAGGACGGCACUUUCUCUGGAAUCUUUGUCGGUGGAAACUUCACUACCCUGGGUGGAGUGGAUUCGCCCGGCGCGGCGCUGUUCAACCCCAACACCAGCAAAGUCACUGCUUUGCCGGGUCUAAAGGGCUCGGUGGCAGCACUAGCCUGUGACCAAGAAACUAACAGAGUCUACGUUGGAGGAGAUUUCGCUUACGACAACACGACAAACGCCGUUUCCUGGGUGCCCGGUGAUGGCUGGACUGACCUCUCGUUCAAUGGGUUGAAUGGACCAGUCAACUCGAUUUUGAAGGCAGACGACGGUCACAUUAUCUUCGGAGGAUCAUUCGACGCCCUUGGAAAUAGCACCAGCUCCAAGAACAGACGACAGGUCCUCAAUCUUCAGAAUGCGACCGUCACUUCCGACUCCGACUCAUCCCUUGACGGCUACUCCGACCCCCGUAACAUCAUUUGCUCCACCAGCGGAAAGGCCGCCAAAGGCAGUACCUACCUUCUUCACGACUACGCGCCAGGAUUCUGGAGAGCAGACCUUGGAUUCGACUUCUUCCCGACCAAAAUCCGUUUAUACAACACCCAUCUGGAUGGACGCGGCACCAAGGACUUCUUGCUUCGAGCCCUUCCCGACAAUGGAAUUAUGAACCUGACUUACACCGAUGACUCUGGAAAAAAGAUCAGCUGUGAUGCGUCCUGUCCAUUGUCCAGCAGCAGCACUGAGGAGUACCGUGAAUUCACCAUGGUGAACCCAGUGGGUAUGCGGGGACUCCAGAUCGAGGUCCUAAGUUGGUAUGGAAAGGGAGCUGGUUUGAACGGCAUCGAGGUCUUCCAGGAUCAAAUUCUUACAUACGCUAUUGACCAAUUCAACGAACCGACUUGCGCAGGCAUUGAAUACCCCGCCGAGUCAUCGCGAACCGGCGACUGGACCAUCGAGGAUGGGUAUGUUUCUGCAAAGGUUACAGACUCUGACGCCUCCGGCACAUCAGUUACGUUCCGACCUGACAUCAAGAAAUCCGGAAACUACACUAUCAAGCUUUACACCCCCGGUUGUACCCAGGACAACAGUUGUAGUUCGCGGGGAAUUGUCAACGUCACUGCUACUCUGUCGAGCGGCUCGGAUUCCGACCAACCCAAGCCGUCCUACUUUUACCAGACCAAUAACAAUGACAAGUAUGACACCUUCUACACCGGCUAUGUGGAUGCCGGUAGCGAUUCUUUCCGCCCAGAGGUAACUCUGCGGGCCAAGGAAGGUCAAGGCGAUAUCACUAUUGUCGUAUCCCGCGUGCGCUUCGAAUUGUUGUCCAGCACAGGGGGCCUCAAUGGUCUCUACGACUACGACCCGACUUCCAAGACCGACACCGAUGAUCUCACAAAGUCGGACAUUAACAAGGCGGGCACAUCGCUCAAUCACAAUGCCUCGAUCUCCAGCAUCCAGGAACACGAUGGCGUGCUUUACGUCGCAGGCAACUUCUCCGAUAGCAAGCUCCACAACAUCAUGUCGAUCACAGAUGGCAAUGCCACGGCUUUGUCUGGCGCUGGGUUUAACUCCCCAGUCUUGGCGAUGGCCGAGCUCGACAACAUCCUCUACGCCGGAGGCCGUUUCACCGAUACUUCGGAUGGAGGCGCCGACGGAUUGAAGCGUGUUGCGGCAUACUCCUUCUCAUCGAAGAAGUGGGCGGCUCUGGGCGCAGGUCUGAAUGGCCCCGUCAGCUCCAUCUGGCCCGUCAAAUUGAAUGCAUCAGCCGCUAUCAAUGAAACACUUGUUGCGGUGAGCGGUGACUUCGAUCAGAUCCUUGGUACUGAUGACAACCCGGCAGUCUCAGUUGCUGGUCUUGCCAUCUGGGUUCCUUCACGCAAGGACUGGAUCCAAAAUCUCAAUGUCACGCAGAUGGAGUUUGGAGGUCAGCUAUCGGCCUUUGCCACCCACAACAACACGCUUAUCCUGGCUGGUAACAUUGCUACCACCGGUGUGACUGCUGGUGGAGCUGUCUCAUUGCUUGAAUCUGGCGACUCGCUUCUGCCCCUGUCGAUGAAGAUCAAUCACAAGAACUCUAGCAGCGGAUUGAUUACCGGCGCCUACGACACUGACUCGGACCGCAACCUCACUAUCUACGGUGGCCAUUUCACUGCCGCUGGCAGCAAUGGGUCCUCCAUUGAGAACAUUGCUGUUUUCAACGGCAGCGAUAAUACCAUCUCGGGUCUUCCCCAAGGUGUUGAUGGCAACUCAACAUUCGUUUCAAUGCUGGUGUUCAACAACACCCUUUACGCCGGUGGAAGCGUCACCGGAAACAUCAAUGAUAUCUCACUCGGUGGCCUUAUUGCAUACGACGUCGCCGACCAGGUGUGGGAAACAAAUCAGCCUUCAUUCGGCGGUGAAAAUGUCACUGUCAACUCCAUCUCAAGACAACCAGGCUCAUCGAACAUCUUCUUCGGAGGAAACUUCAACACAGUUGGCCAAUUCCCAUGCCCCUCUGUCUGCUACGUUGAUUCUCGCAGUAACGAGUGGAGCCGACCUGGUUUGGCUCUCAGCGGCAACGUCUUGGAACUCCAGUGGGCGAGCCAAAACACAUUGAUGGCCAUCGGUGAUCUCACGGUCAUGGACAACAAAACUUCUAUCGCCACGUACAGCAGGAAGUCCGAAGAAUGGUCCGCUUUCACUGGAGCAUCCAAAUCGGAGAUCCCCGGCAACGUCACCGUGUUCACUCCUGCCAGUGAAGACCUGUCCAAGUUCUGGAUCGGAGGCACAGCCAGCAAUGGUUCUGCUUUCUUCCUGAGGUACGAUGGGUCCAAGUUCCAAUCCCCGGGAAAUCUGUUCUCCGAGGGCACUGUGAUCCGUGGUAUGGAAAUCCUGCCCAUCAGCAAGGAUCAUUCAGAGGCAUCAUUGUUGGACAAUGACCAGACUCUUUUGAUCAUGGGCUCGCUUGUGAUUCCCAAUUUUGGGAACGCAUCUGCGGCAUUCUACAAUGGAACCGAUCUGACCCCCUUCAUCCUUUCAUCGCAAGCCAAUGGCCAAUCGGGUAGCAUGUCCAAGUUCUUCUCUCAGCACCAAAAUCCCUUUACGACCACCACUAAACACCACUCCAAUGGUAUCGCUGUGUUGGUUGCAUUCUGUUGUGCUUUGGGAUGUGUCUUCCUGAUUGUGCUGGCCGGUGUGAUUCUGAACAAGAUCCAGCGCCGUCGCCAGGGCUACGCAGCAGCACCCCAAACCUUUGGCACCGACCGACCCUCCGACAUGCAGCGUCUCCCCCCAGAGUACCUCUUUAACUCCCUCGGCCAGCCCAACCCCGGUGCUCCCGCCCUUUAA